AUGUCUGUCCCGAAAGAUUCUGUACCAUCUCUGUCAGAUUGCCAGUGCCAGAUUUGCUUGGAUAUAUUGAUUGAGCCUGUAACUCUGCCUUGUAACCAUACUCUGUGCAAGUCAUGCUUUCAGUUGACCAUCGAAAAGACGAGCAUAUGCUGUCCUUUCUGUCGCCGGCGGAUCUCCUCGUGGGCUCGAUACCAUGCCGGAAGAAACUCCCUGGUGAAUGUUGAGCUGUGGGAGCUAAUUCAGAAACACUACCCAACCAAGUGUCGACUGAGGAUUUUGGGAGAAGAAUACGAGGACACACUGGACGAGUCCCAGCCAGCGCAUCUGGGAGUGAGCGAGCCCGGGGAACUACAAAGAGACCGUGAAGAGGAAAAAUAUGAGACAGGUGCAGAGUGCCAGGUCCCGACUGAGGCACAGAGCAAGGCCAGUAAAGAGCACAGUGUGAAACUAUCGGCAGAGGAAGAACAAAGACAGGCAGGAAAACACCAGUGUGAGUUAAAAAAAAGGCUGAAGAUCCAGGCGCUGGGAAGGAAGCUAAGUGUUAACGUUAAGGAUGUCUGUGGGAGGGACAGUGUGCCCUUACCUUCACAAUCUACAAAACCUGAACCCAUGGCAACCGAGUCGCCGAGAAAAAACAAAGCCAAAAAAAGAAACAUCAGCAAGAUUCAUACCUGCUUGUCAUCAACCUCUCAAUUCGGGUCAACGUCCCAGGCUGUGAGUGUACAAAAAGUCAGGAGAAAGUCGAAAGUGAAGAAAACUGCACAGACUAACAAGAACGCUCCACUGUGGCAAGGCACAGAUACUAAAGAAGAUAAGCCAAUACUUCCUGCACCAGUAACCCCUGAGAUUCCGGAACAGGCUGCAACAUCAUCCACAGAUCCAUCAAUGCUGUCCUACCAUCCGCACAACACAGAAAGUGGCUUUGAAGGAAGAAUGAAAACAAGAUCACAGAACCCUGAUAGAGACCAACUUCAAGCCAAAGUUCCCAGCUUCAGAGAACAGGUUGCCUCAGUGUCAGAUCUAUCACAGACAACUGGGAACAACACAGUUGAGACAGAAAAGACAGAGCCUGCUCGCACCGCCCGUAAAGCCGUUGCCAAAAGGAAAAAUCAAGAAUCUUCCUUCAGAGAUGUCAAUGACCCUUGCUUCUCUUCCAAAAGAAGGGAAUUGUCACCCAGUUCUUCCUCAGACACGGAGGGAGCAGAAAAUCAUCUCAUCAACAAACUGAGCAAUCUGCAGAAUCUCCUUACCAAAAGCCAUCAGCAAGAACGAGAUUGGUUAUUCGCAUUAAAACUCCAGGAAGAGGAGGACAGAAAAGGGAUGAAGCCAAACCGGCAGAAGGGCUCAUCCGAUGAGUACCAGCUACGAACUGCAUCCGCUCUCGCAGAUGUUCAAGGGAAGAGUCCCAAGGCCGGAACUUCAAAAGCUGAAGUUUUGGAAUCUCAGAAAGGCUCCACAGAUGACAAUUAG